AAUAGAUUCAAAGUUUAAACGAUAGGAAUUGAAUAUGGAAACAAGACAACGCAAAAAGCAUUCAAUUGACAAAGCUAGAGAGGAAAGAGAUUCUGCAGGGGAUUCUCCAAGUGAUGAGUUGUCAGCCCCAGAGCCUCAUCCUCCUGCUGUUCAGAGGGAUGACACUCCUGAGAUCCUAAAAGAGGCUUUGAAGGAUUUGCCUCCAAAAUGGAAGAAUUGGUGGAUUCGAGGAUUUUUCACAAUUUUUAUGUUACUUGGAUUUUUAUUGCUGGUCUGGGGGGGACCUUUCGCUUUUAUGCUCAUUAUCAUCGCUAUACAAGUUAAAUGCUUCCACGAGAUUAUCACGAUCGGCCACCAGUUUUACCGUUCCUACGAUCUUCCAUGGUUUCGAACUCUGAGUUGGUAUUUUCUCGUCUGUUCGAAUUACUUCUUCUAUGGAGAAACUCGAGCUGAAAUGUUCUCAAAUCUGAUGGAUUACAAAUUUGUCUCCAUUCUUCUCAAAUACCAUCGUUUGAUCUCGUUCACUUUAUAUCUCAUUGGUUUUAUGCUCUUUGUUCUGAGUUUGGUGAAGAAACGAUACAGACUGCAGUUUUUCAUGUUUGGCUGGACUCAUGUCACUCUGUUGAUUAUUGUCAGCCAGUCUCAUCUCAUCAUGACCAACCUACUGGACGGGAUGGUGUGGCUUUUGGUUCCCGUUUCUAUGGUGAUUUGUAACGAUAGCAUGGCGUACAUUACUGGAUUUUUCUUUGGAAGGACACCCUUGAUUAAGCUUUCUCCUAAGAAGACUUGGGAGACAUGGGAGGGAUUCAUUGGAGGCGGGAUAUUCACUGUGUUGCUGGGAUGGAUUUUUGCAGGGUACCUGAGCCAGUAUAAAUUCCUGGUUUGUCCGACAGAAAUCAGAGCAAAUUUCCAGGUCCACACGGAUUGCGAGUUGCCGUCAACUUUUCUACCAGCUGAAUAUGGAAUCCCACUGUUCGUACAAGUCUUCCUUAAACUGGUUGGGCUGCAGAUGACCUCAUUUACUGCAAUACCAUUCCAGCUACAUUGCCUUGCUAUUGGAAUGUUCAGUUCCAUCAUUGCACCGUUUGGAGGAUUCUUUGCCAGUGGCUUCAAGAGAGCUUUCAAAGUUAAGGACUUCGGAGACGUGAUUCCAGGGCAUGGAGGAAUGAUGGAUCGAUUUGAUUGCCAAUUCCUCGUUGCGACGUUUGUUUUCGUCUACAUGUCAGCAUUCAUUCGUGUACCGACUCCAAACAAAAUUCUACCGACAAUUUUCGCGAUGAAAACUGAAGACCAGCUGUGGCUGUUUGAGAGAUUGAGAACACAUUUGAAUCAGGAGAUAUAACAAACUCCAGCAUAUUGAAGCCUACACCAUUUGCACUGAAUCAAUGAAGAAAAAUUCUAUGUUGCGUUCGUGAAAGAUUCGUAUUUUUUUAAAGAGUCUGUCUCACUGUGUGUUUGUGUGUCGAACUGGGCAUAUUUGAAUACCUGAUUAUUCCAGAAUCAAAUCGAAUAUAUUUUUUUUAAAUCGAGUCUCGAAUACUCGGAAGUAAUGUGUAAUUGUGUACGAUUUUUUCAUUGUAAUGGUUCUCCAGACACAUUAAUUACUGAAAGCAUGGAAUUCAUCACACACAAUAAGAAAGAUGUUUCAUAAUUAACUCACUUGGAAGAAAAGAGUCAUUUGAUUUAGGUAGAUUUGCAUUUUUAAAAUAUAGCUUCGAUAAAAAAAAUUUACUUCGACCUUUCACGGCAAAAAAAAACAAGAUGGCGCCGAUUCAAAAAUUUCUUCUGAAUGUCCAGCCCUAUUUAUGUGUGAAGGUGUACUGAUAUGUGGAUUAUAUGUAUGCAGUUGUUCAAAAUAUAUAUCUAUAUAUA